AUGGACAAUUUUGUUGUUACACCCGGUAACAACAAAAUUAAAUAUUCUAUCUAUCUAUCUAUCUAUCUAUCUAUCUAUCUAUCUAUCUAUCUAUAUUCAUUCACUUACAGACGCACAUGCCUUGGACUGAAACUUGAUAACGCAUUUAUUUUUCUUAUGGAGUCAGUAAAAGAAUUUCGUGAUUGGUUUGUGAGUAAGUGUAAAGUGACUGCAGCUGCGGCCAUUCUAACUGGCGGUACUAGCGGUCAAGAUAGCAAGUAUGGGGGUAAUAUUGUCACCCCGCGUUCAAUCCCGCAGUUCAUUAUCCCAUGUUCGGGUGACGUAUCUCGUCAGUCGAGUGAGGACAAGUUUUCGCAGGAUGACGACGCGCGAAGUGUGACAAGCGACAGCAGUGCACCUUACUCAGAACGUAACAGUCCCGCAGUUUCUCUCAGUGGCUCCUAUUCAUGCCUAGCCUUGCCAAAAAGCCCUGUCAUGACCCGCUCGGCGCCGGUGACGCCACGACAAGAACACAAACCCCGAAUCGGGACCCGAAACGACAGACAUUCGCUGACCAGCAUCGACACACUCAGAGACGAUGGGUCCGAACAAAGCAUCUAUACUUCGGCCAAUCAGUCAACAUACUCACUACCUAGACGAUCACUCGAUGUUAUAGUCACUAACACCACGCAAAUUCCUUCGGUUAACUACACGACGACGCAACAGAAGAGCCCAUUGCUUAUGAGAGGUGUAGCAAUUGAUCAAUUUGGUGUAUCGAACUCUUGGACAGCGAGAGAUGAUUACAGUGGUGCUAGUGCCAGUGGUGUCAGUGGUAGUGCUAGUAUCUUGUCUUCAGUUCCAGGAAAUGGCCGCCACAAGAGGUCUGCCAGCAGCAAAGCCAGUGCAGGAAAAUUGACGUUACCUCUCAACCAAAACGGACCCUCGUCAGCCCAUUCGUCUUCGCGCAGAAUGGACCCCUUUCCAACUAUCUCGGUAUCAUCACCUGGGGUCAGCUGUAUGGAAGAGGGUGCCAGUAAAUACUCCCAGCGCAACAGAUACGUAGGAGGCAACGACAAUGUGAGCCCAAGUGCAGUUAGCCCUCACAAAAACAAAGUUCGUGGACAUAAUUACUAUAGACGUCGCUCGUCCCUGUCCGACUUGAAUGUAGAAGAGGCAAAUUACUUAUCCGGUCUGGCCAGCCAAAGUUCCGGCUGCAAAUCAGCUGGACCUUCUCCGACACCAAGACGAAAAUUCCACAAACAGAACUCACCCCUGAUCGAACAGAGACCCUUCAACGUAGUUAGCCCCUCGUCCCCGGUCUCGCCGGUUAACAGGCUUGAACUUCGAAAUGACAACAGUCUCGGGAGGAAGCGCUCGGUUUCCCAACUUCAGGCACAUCUCGUGGCCGAAUACGGGGAACUCAAGUUUUCUUUCCAAUAUCUGCCCGAGCAGAAACAAUUAAAAAUCCUCCUGAUUCGCGCCGAAAAUUUAGGUGGUAACGUUAAAGGAGACAGUCAGAUUAACGCUCAUACAUCACUGACACUUUUCUUCUCUCUCUCUCUCUCUAUCUAUCUAUCUAUCUAUCUAUCUAUCUAUCUAUCUAUCUCUUCAUUCCCAUCUAUCUAUCUAUCUAUCUAUCUAUCUAUCUAUCUAUCUAUCUAUCUAUCUAUCUAUCUCGCUAGAUAG